UUCAACCACUGGCAAAAUAUACAUAUUAUUUUUUUAUUGUAAAUUAUAUACUUUGAACGAAAAUGCACUUUAACAUUUACAUACAUUUAUCGAUCGAGCCUUUAUAAAAGUGAAUUGAAAUUAGAAAGUGCAUCAUUUAAACCUUGCAUUUGGAAUCAAAAUGAGAACUGGCUAAAGGCGCUGAAAAGAAACCUAUCAUUUCUUUGUACAAAAGAUACCAUUUACGAAACAUUUGAGUUUUCUUAUUAAUUGGAAUUGAGAGGGGAUUAGUCAGACUUUAGCGGCGGAAGCCAGCUACCAUAACAAAAAAAAAAAUCGCAGCAUUACCAUUAGCAGAGCAUUAUCAUCAGCAAAAGCUGAAUGUAUCGAAUUUAAUACAACAUUCUCGACAUUCCAUAGCCCACAACCAACAUUACCGAUGAGUACGCAAACAGGAAGUAAACAAAAACAAUUAAGUAUUAGAAAUUAAUUAAAGAGCGACCACUGCAGAGUGAUAGAUAGUCAGAGAGGCAAGAAAUUAUUCCAUUAAUUGUAAUCAAUUAAAACCAUUACGAUAGUGACACAAGAUGAUUCGUUCUAAUGGCAAUGGCGGUAGCAGUGGUGGUGGUAGUGGUGGUGCGGCAUCGAUGGGUGGGGCUACAGGUGGUGGCGACGAUGGUUGUAUAUACCCGGAUGAAGUUAUCAUGGAAAAGGGGGUUGCGUUCAAUGUGAGGUAUACCGGCUGCAUUGAAGUGAACACAUCAAUGAAAGCUUUGGAUUUCCAUACCAGAACACAAGUAGCAAGGGAAUGCAUUAAUCGUGUUUGUGAAGCUGCUGGACUAAAGUCAUCGGGUAAAAGACGUGUGGAUAAGAAAAUCGGACAGUACAUAGCUGAUCGCCCUUGUAUGGUUAACGCUGGAACGAAUGUGAUCAUAAAUGUCUCUAGCCGUUCGUUAAAUUUAAUGAACGUGGAAACAGGAGAGGUAGUGGCAUCCCAUCAAAUGCCUAGAAUAUCGUUUGCCUCUGGCGGGGACACGGACACUCUGGAUUUUUUGGCAUAUAUUGCGAAAAAUGAAGACGAAUGGCGGGCCUGUUAUGUUUUGGAGUGUAUUGGUGGACAAAGUGAAGAUCUCAUCGUUACAAUUGGCAAGGCAUUCAUGUUACGGUAUAAUGCGAUAAGUCGCAAAGGACAUCACCAGCAGUCAAAUGAACAGUUCUCCACAACGGUAAUGAAAGGAAAUGACAAGGAAUAUUACAAUGACAUGCCCAAUAAAUUGCCUCCCGAUUUAAUGAAUGAAAUGGAAUUGCAAGAUAACAAACAACAACAGCAAUCGACAAACAAAGUAGCCCAAUUAAAUUUAAAGAAACCCCGAGAUCGACUUAGUAGCAAUUUAAUAGAUUUAAAUAGUCCUCCUCCUGAUCAAACUACCAAUAAAAUGAAUCUCUGUUCAUUUGAUCCCAUGAAGGAUAGCAGCGGUAUCGUUCAACAACAACAGCAACAACCACCUGAUGUCUUUGAUAUACCCCCUUUAUCCCUAUCUGCAGAAGUUCAACGUUCGCAACUGAUGACUGAAAAUUGGUUCCAUGGUUCUAUUAGUCGGCCCAUAGCCGAAAGCAUGCUGGGAAACGAUGGGGAUUUCUUGGUGCGCGAAUCGCAAGGAAAACAUGGUCAGUAUGUUCUAACUGGUCUUCAAGGCAAGACACCUAAGCAUCUACUGCUGAUAGACCCCGAGGGCAUUGUCCGUACUAAGGAUCGUAUAUUUGAAAGCAUUAGUCACCUCAUCAACUACCAUUGGACAAAUCUAUUGCCCAUUAUUUCAGAAGAUUCCGAACUAGUUUUGCGAACUCCAGUUACUAGAUCAAUGGCAUCUUCAAUCAUAGGUCAAACAUCAGCAACAAAUCCAAUGCCAGCCUCCUCUCAUACUCAUCAUUCCCAUUCACAUCAUCAUCAAAUACAAUCGUGUAAGGAAUAAAAAGGAAAUGUAAUGGGAAAUUAUUUUGUAGUAUGUUUAUUAUGAAUUAUACACAAGCAUAUUUUCUGAUAUAUCAUUGUAUACAUAUGUAUUUCUAUAUGAAGCAAAAAACCUAAUUUAAGUAAAUGUAAAACCAAAUUAUAAAAAAAGAUGUGAAAUUUAUUGGAAUAAAAAAAGUAUCACUGUAUAUCUAUGUGAAAUGUACGUAAAUGUGUGAAAAUGAACAAAAUUAUUCUUUAAUAUUAUAUAAUGCACUGAUAUUUGUCAUAGACGAAGAUGAUGUCGAAGAAGAUUUUAUUGUAUGUACAUGUAUUUAUUAGUAAAAAGAACACAAAUAAAUGUAACACAAAGUAA